CUUUUUGGGUCGUCAGUUGUCUCUCGACUUGCUCAUCUUAUCCAUUAUUCACUGCACAUAUUCUCGACUAUACCACCAAGAUGCGUGAGAUUAUCAGCCUAAACGUCGGCCAGGCUGGUUGCCAGAUUGCCAACUCCUGCUGGGAGCUUUACUGCCUCGAGCACGGCAUCCAGCCCGAUGGCUUCCUCACUGAGGAGCGUAAGGCGGCUGAUCCCGACCACGGCUUCAGCACUUUCUUCUCCGAAACAGGCAACGGCAAAUACGUUCCACGGACAAUUUACUGCGAUCUCGAGCCCAACGUUGUCGACGAGGUCCGGACCGGUGCCUACCGCGGUCUUUUCCACCCCGAGCACAUGAUCACUGGCAAGGAGGAUGCCUCCAACAACUAUGCUCGCGGCCACUAUACGGUCGGCAAGGAGCUAAUUGAUCAGGUCCUUGACAAGGUGCGCCGGGUUGCCGACAACUGCAGCGGCCUCCAGGGUUUCCUUGUCUUCCACUCGUUCGGCGGUGGUACGGGUUCCGGCUUCGGUGCUCUGCUCAUGGAGCGCCUUUCAGUAGACUACGGAAAGAAGAGCAAACUCGAGUUCUGCGUCUAUCCCGCCCCCCAGACCGCCACUUCGGUCGUGGAGCCGUACAACUCGAUCCUGACAACCCACACCACCCUUGAGCACGCUGACUGCUCUUUCAUGGUCGACAACGAGGCCAUCUACGACAUCUGCCGCCGUAGCUUGGGUCUUGAACGCCCCAACUACGAGAACCUCAACCGCUUGAUCGCUCAAGUUGUUUCUUCAAUCACUGCGUCGCUCCGCUUCGAUGGCUCCCUUAAUGUCGAUCUGAACGAGUUCCAGACCAACCUGGUCCCCUACCCACGCAUCCACUUCCCCCUGGUUGCGUAUGCGCCCGUCAUCUCGGCCGCCAAGGCCGCCCACGAGGCCAACUCGGUUCAGGAGAUGACCAUGUCUUGCUUCGAGCCCAACAACCAGAUGGUCAAGUGUGACCCCCGCCACGGCAAGUACAUGGCUACCUGCCUUCUGUACCGCGGUGAUGUCGUCCCCAAGGACGCUCACGCCGCUGUCGCUACGCUCAAGACCAAGCGCACCAUCCAGUUCGUCGACUGGUGCCCUACCGGUUUCAAGCUUGGUAUCUGCUACCAGCCUCCUCACCAGGUGCCCAACGGCGACUUGGCCAAGGCCAACCGGGCCGUGUGCAUGCUCUCCAACACCACUGCCAUUGCCGAGGCUUGGUCUGCUUUGUCGUCCAAGUUCGACCUCAUGUACUCGAAGCGCGCGUUCGUGCACUGGUAUGUCGGUGAGGGCAUGGAGGAGGGUGAGUUCUCCGAGGCUCGCGAGGAUCUUGCGGCUCUGGAGCGCGACUACGAGGAAGUUGCUGCGGACUCAAUGGAGGGUGAGGAGGUUGAGGCCGAGUACUAGAUUGGUGGUUACUUGCCAAUUCAGCAAGUGGAGAGGCUACUACCCCGGAUCAACUACUCGGGGCACCCGAUUACACAGUCCUUCUGUUAACCUCUUAAGAACGCGACUCUGUUGACAGAGGAGCUCUACAACGAUGGGUAUCCUCUUGGCCAGCGCGUAUCUGUGGGUUAUCUUUGUUAGACAGAAAUUGAUAGUCUACUUUUAAUCAAGACCAAACUGCGAAUACUGGCGAGACUGGGAGGCGUAUAGCC